UACAGAGUAAGCCAAUGAUAAGUCAUGGCUUAGGGCUAUCAUUGAUCUAUAUAUAUAUGUCCAGCUUCCGGGAUUCCGAAUUCAAGAUGGGUCUACAGAGUCGUAUGUACUACAGCCAUCUACUUUGGAGUACACUAGUCAACCACUAGAAUAGCGGAUCUGGAGGGGUUCAAGAUCUCUCAUGGGAAAUAUGUUUGCGUACGAAAAGCAAUGAAUUAUUAUUUUGUAGCUUCCUGUUCUUGAUUAAUUGUUAAUAUCUUUCUUGAUGUGUGUAAAAGGUGUCCCUCCUGAUCAUGUGAUGUUGCUGCUUCCACCUGGCGGCGUUGGAGCACCAACAGCACACUCCAGAAGAAGAGUUACAACGAUCCUUGUGAGAAUGCUUCACUCACGGCUUUCGCUAGUUUGUGAUAGCUGCAAGUCACGGAAAGUCAGAUGUCUGAGUAAGAACAACCCCCUGGAUGCUUCUGGACCGUGUAUAUUGAAUGAAUACUUUGCAGAAGAAUCUAGAAAGUCCGACCCUGCAUGUGUGAAUUGCCAGAAAAAAGGCCACGCCUGUGUAUUUAGUCCGCUGAAGAGGAAAUUCAAGGAUCCGAGAUUCCCGUCGACUGAUGGCCAGGUCGCUGACCCACCCCCAGCGGAGCAAAGCAUCCAAACGGCCGUCUCCUCGUCCACAAGAGGAGACGCGGGAAGUGUGAUAUUGUCACCUAUUUCGCAGGAUGCAAGAAAGAAGGGUUCCUUGAACCGUCUAUACGUUGACCAAUUGCUAGAUACGCGACAAUCUACUGGUCGGACACAAAAUGUUUCGGGUGUUUUGAGGGCCAACGAAAAUUACCUUGCCAGCUCAAGUGUGAGCUUCUUCUCAGAAAGUCGUAUGAAGGCUCUCUCGAGCCGCAUAGGAGACAAUGCAAUCAAAAACCUGAUAGAGCGGAUCUCUGAUGCUGUGCGAUCUGGGUUAAGCGGCACCAAUCGCAGCUCGGGGCCUUCUGGUAUCUGGAAAAGACCCGAAGACACCUUAAGGAUUGCACCAGAAAGAGCUCGUCUUUUCAUCAAAGUUUAUUUCCAACAAGUUCAUCCCCUGCAUCCCUUCUUGGAUCGUCUAGAGUUUGAGAGACGAGCGUUCAGCCCCGAUUUAGCAUCAGAUCUUGUGAACUGCAUCCCUUGGGCUACGCUGUACCAUACAAUUUUAGCCCUUGGAUGCCAGUUUCACGGUGGAGGUUCUUUUGAACCUGGCAAUGGAGAAGCCUGGAAGCUCUUUCGAGUAGCUCUAGACUUAUUCCCAAAAGUACUGCAGUUGAAUACAGAACUACUAGAAGUUCAGGCAGUUACAUCAAUGGCGAUUUUUUCCCUAAACUUGUCGUGCAUGCAGAUCCAGGGAAAGAUUAUCUCAGAAGCCGCCCGUAUGGCCCAGAGAGCUGAGUUGAACAAAGCCGCUGCUGGCACGGAUCAGGCUGCGCGCUGUCGAGCUUUCUGGGUGAUAUACUACAUUGAGAAAACCGUCUCAUUUCAUCAUGGAACAACAUCGUUAAUAUUUGAUUCCGAUAUUGGCUCCCCCGUGCCUUUUAUUCCGGAUGCGAUUUUUGAUGGCUUCGACUGGUUCCUGGCCUCAAUCAGGGUUGCUAGAUUAUACUCUCGGACCUUUACUGAACUAUUCUCUAUAAACGCAACUACAAAUUCUAAGCUGUCAUACCUGUCAAAAAUCGAUCAAAUCGAGGAAAUACUGGAGCAUCAGCGACAAGAUAUUCCGAGUCAUUUUCGACCAGGGCAUGAACUCCGCACCGAGUCGUUUCAAAACCCCCAUGAGAUUAUCGCAGCUCUUCGAAUUCACUUCCAUUACCACGAGCUUCAGAUAGCUUUAUGUCGGUUGAAGCUUCACAUUACUCGGGAACAGAGUUCCCCGCAGUCGCUCACUGCAACGAAGAAUAUGAUGGAUUCAGCUAGAGCAAUUGUUGAACUAACAAGAGUCAUUUGCAUAGAGCCAAAUAUUCCUCUUUUUAUUCUCGUCUUCAUGCCUCUUUCAGCUCUCUUUAUUCUAUUUGACCUUGUGAUUCAUAACCCGACUCACAAAGAGACCCCAGGGAAUCUCUCCUUACUAGAGGCGUCUGCUGGAUACUUUAGCUCCCUUGAAUAUGCGACGAAAGGCUUUUUCCCUAGCUCCAUGUUCAUGGAGUUUGCCUAUAUUGGCCGAUCCUUUGUGCGGAAGUCGGUGUCGUCAGUUCAGGAACAGACAAAUGAUGAAGCCGCUGAAACUAUCAGUCAAAGAUCAGGCAUACCGCCUCAGGAUUGGCCGUCAUCAGGCUAUAUUUCUGCUAGUGUAAGACGAGCGCAAUCCUUUUUGAAGAUCAAGGGAAAAUACUGAUUGGUAAUGCAUUACUUGUGGGGAUCUGUACAGCAACUAAAUGAAGAACAAAUGCUUAUUGAACCUCUGAGCUUUCCUUUGGACUUCGGCACUUCGGUCGAUGAUAUGGUCUUUCCCGGUUUAGAGGUCAUGGAUCUCUUUGGCACAGUG